AUGGAUCAUAUAAUGAAACGACAAUUAAGUUUUAAUAAAUUAUCCGAAGAAAAUACAAAGAAAUUACGAAAUGAGUUGUUGGAUGAAUUAAUAAUUUCUUCUAUUGAAAAUUUAUCGAAUGAAUUAUUCAAUGAAAUAUUCGAUUAUCUUGAUGGUAUUGACAUUUAUCAAGCAUUUUCAAAUCUUAAUUAUCGUUUUCAACAACUUCUUACAUCUUCAUCUAUUCUAUAUAAAAUUGAUCUUAAUCAAAUAACAUCGAAAGAAAUAUUUAUGGUUAAUUAUAAACAAAUUAAACAUCAAAUAUAUUCAAUUUAUUUUCAAUUACCAGUCGAUAUUAAUCAAUUAUUAACAUCGUUUACUAUCGACUCAUCAUUUAAUCGUCUUCAAUCACUUGUUAUUGAAGAUAUUCAUCCAGAUAAACUUAUUUCAUUUCUUAUUAAUUUAAAUUCUUUACCAAAACUUUUCUCAUUAAAUAUCAGAACAAUACAUACCAUUGAAGAUCUAAAUAAUAUUUAUCAAGUAAUUUUUGCAUUACCUAAGUUAAAAUAUAAUAAACUCUAUUUAUAUGGAAAUGAAUGUUCAAUUUCAAUUCCAAUGGCCACUGGAAAACAAUUUAGUACUAUUGAAUAUCUUGAUAUUGCUCAUUGGUAUACUUUCGAUGAACUUUCUGCUUUAAUUUCUUAUACACCACAACUUUGUCAUCUGCAUCUUUUACAUGUAAAUCGAGAUGAUUCAACUAUUGAAACCAUGUUACCAAUUAAUUUAGAUAAUUUGACAUAUAUUUCGAUGUAUACAAACAAUAUUAAUUUUCAUGAAUUUGAAAUAUUUUAUUGA